GUUGUUCUUUUAUUUCUUUAUCUAUGUACCAGAACACUUGUUCACAACUUCAUUCGAAGCUGGCAGAGCCAAUGACGAUAGAAGAGGCGAGAUUUCUUAUCAGUUACAGUCACACUCUAGGACACAGCUAUUGGCUUGGAAUCUCUGAUCAUGUGUUAGAAGGAAGAUGGGAAUAUUCUUCUACUCAAACUGCCAUUAAAUUUGACAUGUUUUUCCCUGGACAGCCAACUACAGGAACUUCUGAGAAUUGCAUGAUUAUGUGGUAUCCUCAUGGGAAUGAAUGGGGAGAUGAAGUGUGCUCGUAUUCAUAUCACUUUGUCUGUGAACAAGAUCAGACUGGUCCAGCAAAUGUAAUUGGUUGA